CCUAAAAGGGUUACCUGUGAAAUAAACGUGAGUGUGGAAUGCGUCUGAUUCACUCUUUAAUGACUUAAUGAUUUGACAGUAACUUGUGAAAAAGCCAUACACGAAUACAUAAUUGCAGAAUAGAAAGAUACGCCUCCCUCUGGUGAAUGUCCGUAAUUAUAAGGAUUUGGUGAGUGCAUAUUUUACUGCACAUCAUGUCAUUAUACUACAUCAUGUUUGCAAGCCAUUUGAGCUAUUUAAAUUGUGUUUGUUACUGUGAAACGUGCUGAUAAUAAUACAGGUGCACACCAGAUAGAAGAAAGCAUGAUGAUUUUAGGGCAGAGUUAAUCAUUUAACAGGUUCAGGUUUUGUGGUAGGCCUAUUUUUAGAUUAUUGUUAAAAGUAGGAUACUAACAUAGCUAUGCAGUGUAAACAGCCAUGCUACUGAUUUAAAAGUGAAGGCAAAGCCAAGAUAAUACCACCCACAAUAAAACCCACUCAUGUGUCAUUUUAAAGAUUGUAGAUUUUGAUGAAUAUUUAAUUAGUUUAGUUGCUGUAAAGGAUAUUGUGUGUAGGUGUGUGUGUGUGUGUGUGUGUGUUAUUAUUAUUUUACACACAGCUAAAACUAUUCAUUAAGAUAAAAAUCCCCUAAUGAAACCAUCUCCACUUAGCUUUGAAGGGUGCUGAGUACAUUUAUUAUUCUAUAAUAGAUGUGUUUCAAAUCACAGAAGUGAAAUCAUUACUGGUCAGAAAAGCUCAUGAGUGUUAAUGAGUAGGCUACACUGAGAUGUCUGGGUCUGGCCAAUAUCUCAAAAAUUAAUUAUGCUUCUUGUCAAAUAUAUGUGAUAAACCGUUUCAAGCCCAUCAUCCUAAAGCUGUUAUUCUUCGCAGUAUACAAUAUUUAGACAAGUUAAUAAAAUACUGUAUUCACAAAUUGUCUGGAUUAUCUUGCCAAAUGAUACACCCCUGUCAGAACACGCCAUUUGGUAGCUAAGAGAUCAGACUAAACAAACCAACAAACAUACCCAGACUACAGGGAAACAGGACAUAUGGAGAGCCGCAUGACCGAUCAGGAACGCACUUUAAGAACUCUACUAGAAGAAGCCGUGAAGAUCAGGGACGAUGUGGUGACUGGUAUACGUGCAUCGCAGGGUUCAGUCCUGAUGGAGUCGACUGCUAGAAAACUACUGGAGAACCAUAUUCAGAACAUAACUCAUAUUGUCAAACAGCUCAGCACAGACAUCCAGGUGCUGGGAACCCAGAUUAUUGAGAGAGACAACCUUGCUGCAGGGACCACUUUUGCAGUGAAGAGCUUGGAUCACAAGAACAGAAUGGGUAUCGGAGAUCUCAGAGGCAGAGUGGCAAGAUGUGAUGCUAGCAUUGCUAAACUGUCAUCUGAUGUUGUGACUGGAGGGCGGGACAUUCUGAAACUCCAACAGGAAGUGAGUGAGUUACGCUCUGUGCUGGAGCUGAAGCUGAGAGACAUGGAGCUCAAGCUGUCUCGUGAUGUAGGAAAACUACAGAUGUCGAUGUCAGAGAAGUUCAUCUCUCAGAAAAAUGCCAUUGGAGAUUUACAGAAGGAGAUACAACAACUGGAUGUAAAAACCUCUAGAGGUUUGAUGGAGAUGGAGGAGCAGACAGUGAGACUGAGGAAGUGGACAGAGGAACAGAUGAAAACCACAGUUCAAUCACACACAGAGAGCAGCCAGCUGUACACACUGCUGCAGGACAGAGUGCUGGAAGUGGAACGCAGUCUAAAGGAGAAAAUGAUUCUUAUUUCUGGGCAACUGGAAAGGUUGGAGGUACAACUAAAGAAGGUGCGUUCAGCUCACAGGACCACGCAUUCAGAGAGCAAACUCGACAGCAUGAUCAACACUUUGGAGAAGAGCUUUAGAGAAGAGUUAGAGCAGAUGAGGAGUGAGUACCAGUCAGGGUUUCAGGUAGUUCAUGAUGCCAUUGCAUCUCUGAGACACAUCGGUGACACCAAAGCCAAGCUGGACAAAGGAGAGCUGCAAAGACACAUAAAACAGAUCCAGAGAAACAUGGUGGAACUAAAGGAGCUCUGAAUAUUUUUUUUUACAUUUAUGCUGGAGUAUAUAACCGGUGUGUGAUCACAAAGUAUGAUUCAGAUGAAUGUUGGUGGGCAGAUGGACAAUACAAUCAAAUAAGCUGUACAUUUGUUUCCUAGAUUGAAAAAAAGGAGGAUUUAGCCAGUCUCCAUGAGGUAAUUUCCAGUAAAUCUCUUUAGAUCAGACUUUAAAUCGAGA